AUGAUUAGCAUAUUCCCAGGUCUGAGGGAUGUCCUGGGGAAACUAGAGGAUGUGCCCAAGGGGGCUACAGCUGUAACAGUAGCACAUUGUGCCUGCAAGGAUGCAAUCCUGGGAGCCACCCAACAGAGAAAAUCCCAGGCCAGCAAGAGAUCUUCCAAGGUCAUCUUCUCCAACCUUCUGCCUGACUAUAGGGUCAACAUCUUCCUGAGGCAGCAGUGGAAUGACCCCCGGCUGGCCUACAAUGAAUACCCGGAUGACUCUCUGGACCUGGACCCAUCCAUGUUGGAUUCCAUCUGGAAGCCUGACCUGUUCUUCGCCAACGAGAAGGGGGCCCACUUCCACGAGAUCACCACUGACAACAAACUGCUGAGGAUCUCCCGGAAUGGAAAUGUCCUCUACAGCAUCAGAAUCACCCUAACACUGGCCUGCCCCAUGGACUUGAAGAAUUUCCCCAUGGAUGUCCAGACGUGUAUCAUGCAACUGGAAAGCUUUGGAUAUACCAUGAAUGACCUGAUCUUCGAGUGGCAGGAGCAGGGAGCUGUGCAGGUGGCAGAUGGACUAACUCUACCCCAGUUUAUCCUGAAAGAGGAGAAGGACUUGAGAUACUGCACAAAGCAUUACAACACAGGUAAAUUCACCUGCAUUGAGGCCCGGUUCCACCUGGAGCGGCAGAUGGGCUACUACCUGAUCCAAAUGUACAUUCCCAGCCUACUCAUUGUCAUCCUCUCAUGGAUUUCCUUCUGGAUCAACAUGGAUGCCGCACCAGCCCGUGUGGGCCUGGGCAUCACCACUGUGCUCACCAUGACCACCCAGAGCUCUGGCUCCCGAGCAUCCCUGCCCAAGGUGUCCUACGUGAAAGCCAUUGACAUUUGGAUGGCAGUGUGCCUGCUCUUCGUGUUCUCAGCCCUGCUUGAGUAUGCCGCUGUCAACUUUGUGUCUCGGCAGCACAAAGAGCUGCUCCGAUUCAGGAGGAAGCGAAGACAUCACAAGGAGGAUGAGGCCGGAGAGGGCCGCUUCAACUUCUCUGCCUACGGGAUGGGCCCAGCCUGUCUGCAGGCCAAAGAUGGCAUCUCGGUCAAAGGCGCCAACAACACCACCACCACCAACCCCCCUCCUGCACCAUCUAAGUCCCCGGAGGAGAUGCGAAAACUCUUCAUCCAGAGGGCCAAGAAAAUCGACAAAAUAUCCCGCAUUGGCUUCCCCAUGGCCUUCCUCAUCUUCAACAUGUUCUACUGGAUCAUCUAUAAGAUCGUCCGCAGGGAGGAUGUUCACAACCAGUGACGGGUCUGGGAUGGAGGGGCGUGGGGAGGCUGGGAGAGGGCAGAGUGGGAAUAGCACAGGAAUCUGAGAGCCUAAGGAAGAGGAGGAGAAGAGAGGGAGGGGGCACACAUACACAACUCCCUCUUUCUCUGCACUAUGUGCAAUAGCAAAAUGCAGUGAUGCAUGAAUCUUA